GACAGACUCCUUCUUUUCAGGAGCCCACCCAGUUCUGUUGUUCCAGGUGUCUCUUUUUUCUGAGAUCCAAUCUCUUUAAAUGAAGGGCAUUUACCCUUUAACUCUUUCUGCCAAUCUCUUGACUGAAUCCAAGAAGACCAAGAACCAGAGACCAACUUCCACACGCCUCCAGGUAACAUCUGGUGUUUUCACCUGGUUACCUGGUUACCUGACGUGGUUAGCAAGCUGUCAACAUUUCUGGCAUCUCCAGUUGGAUACAUCAGUCCCGAGUAAAACUGUGGGAAGGUCCCGAAGAACCACAGAAGAACAACAGAAUUCAGCACCUGAGCAUUCUUGUGAGCCACUGGAGAACUUAAAAGUCCUAGUCAAGUCAAAAGAUAAGUAAAGCCUUCUCUCUGUUCACCCAAAACUAAAGUCAGUCUCAGUACCGGGAAUCUUGGUUGCGGUGGCAUUGGUUAUUCUCCUUAUUUGGACCCACACUUCCAUGCCACCUGAAGUCCCAAUAGCCUGUUUUAUCACCAAACACUCUAUCUAACCAUUUAAUUAUUUGUCUCUCCUAUUUUCACCACUUUCCUUUUGCUUUCACAAAGCUUAAGGGAGAAUCAGCUAUGACAGAGAAAUUCCUUUUCCUUUAUCUUUGCCUCCUUCCCAUGCCCCUACUCUCACAGGCACAAUGGAGUGAAAAUUCCCUUGUCAAUUUUUCCAAAAUUAUUGCUUCGGGAAACCAUCUAAGCAACUGUUGGAUCUGUCACAACUUCAUCACCAGGUCCUCAUCUUACCAAUAUAUUUUGCUAAGAAAUUUUUCUUUAAACCUAACAUUUGGUUCGGGAAUCCCUGAAGGCCAACAUAAAUCUGUUCCACUCCAGGUUUCGCUUGUUAACUCAGCGUACCAAGUCCCCUGCCUGGAUCUCACUCCACCUUUCAAUCAAAGCUCUAAAACUUCUUUCUAUUUGUACAACUGCUCUUCUCUAAACCAAACCUGUUGUCCAUGCCCUGAAGGACACUGUGGCCGGAAAAGCACCUCUAAGGAGGGAUUCCCCAGUCCCACCAUCCAUCCCAUGAGCUUUUCCCCAGCAGGCUGCCACCCUAACUUGACUCACUGGUGUCCAGCGAGCCAUAAACAAAUGAACGAUUAUCGAGACAAGUCACCCCAAAACCGCUGUGCAGCUUGGGAAGGAAAAGAGCUAAUCACAUGGAGGGUUCUAUAUUCGCUUCCCAAGGCACACACUGUCCCCACAUGGCCAAAAACUACUGUUCCCCUGGGAGGGCCUCUAUCCCCUACAUGCAAUCAAACUAUUCCAGCAGUGUGGAAAUCGCAGUUACACAAGUGGUUCGACAGCCGCAUGCCCCGGUGGGCCUGUACCCCUCCUGGCUAUGUGUUUUUAUGUGGACCACAAAAAAACAAACUGCCCUUUGACGGAAGUCCUAAGAGAACCUAUUCAACUCCCCCCGUGGCAAACCUCUUUACUUGCAUUAAUAACAUCCAACAUACGGGGGAAUGUGCUGUGGGACUUUUGGGACCACGGGGGAUAGGUGUGACCAUUUAUAACACCACCCAACCCAGACAGAAAAGAGCUCUGGGUCUGAUACUGGCAGGGAUAGGAGCGGCCGUAGGAAUGAUCGCCCCGUGGGGAGGGUUCGCUUAUCAUGAUGUCACCCUCAGAAAUCUCUCCAGACAAAUAGAAAACAUAGCUAAGAGUACCGGAGAUAGCAUCUCUAAACUCAAGGCCUCCAUAGAUUCUCUAGCAAACGUAGUCAUGGACAACAGAUUGGCCUUAGAUUACCUCUUAGCAGAGCAGGGUGGAGUCUGUGCAGUGAUCAAUAAAACCUGUUGCGUUUAUGUCAAUAACAGCGGGGCGAUAGAGGAGGAUAUAAAAAAGAUCUAUGACCAGGCUACAUGGCUCCAUGACUUUGGAAAAGGAGGUGCUUCAACAAGGGCCAUUUGGGAGACUCUGAAAUCUGCCCUCCCCUCCCUCAAAUGGUUUGUCCCUUUACUGGGACCAGCAACAGUUAUACUCUUACUUUUCCUCUUUGGUCCUUGUUUCUUUAAUUUACUGAUUAAGUGUGUCUCUUCUAGGAUAAAGCAAUUUCACAUGGAGUCCCCCAAAAUGGAAAGAUAUCAGCUAUCUGUCCCUGGAGGCCCCAGCACCUACAAGCACAUCUCUCCCUUGGAUGCCAGUGGGCGAAGAUUCCGGGAAACUAUGGAGGGAUUUCCUCUCUGAGACAGAGCAAGAGACGGAGACCCUGAUGACUUCUUCGCCCCAUGUCAGCAGGAAGUAGUUACAGAAGACCCACGACGUCCUUACACCCAAAGCUUUUCAGGGUCUCCAUCUCUUGAGGAGGGAAAUAUUAGGGUAGACAGGUAGGCAGGCAUGAGCAGGCAAGAGAGCCCUUGGGAAAGGAAUCUUUAGAAACGCAGCCCACUGAUAGCUUCCUUGGUGAUGCUGCCCACAGUCAGUCAGCACUUCUCUAAAAACCCACCCUAGAACA